CUGGAUCACGUGUUGCCCUGGGGUGCUCACGUGGGGCGGAGCGGCGCUGCCAUGGCGAUGCAAGGCAGCUCGGAGCGGGGCAAUGGCGCCGGCCUCGGCCGGUACCGGUCGCCGCUGGUCAGCCGCUACUCGUCCCCGGAGAUGGCCUUCAACUUCAGCGAGCUCAAGAAAUUCAACACGUGGCGCCGGCUUUGGCUUUACCUGGCGAGGGCCGAGAAGGAGUUGGGGCUGCCAAUCACACAUGAGCAGCUUCAGGAAAUGGAGUCAAAUCUCGAAAACAUCGAUUUCAAGAUGGCUGCUGAAGAGGAGAAGAAGCUGCGCCAUGAUGUCAUGGCCCAUGUGCACACAUUUGCGCAUUGCUGCCCGAAUGCUGCUGCCAUAAUACACCUUGGUGCCACCUCCUGCUACGUUGGGGACAACACGGAUUUGAUUGUUCUCCGUGAUGGUUUUGACAUCCUCCUGCCCAAGUUGGCCCGAGUCAUCAGCCGCCUGUCGGACUUUGCUCAGGAACAUGCUGAUCUGCCAACACUCGGCUUCACCCACUACCAGCCGGCCCAGCUGACUACGGUUGGGAAACGCUGCUGUCUCUGGCUGCAGGAUCUGUGUAUGGACCUGAGAAACCUGGAACGUGCCCGGCAUGAGCUGCGAUUCCGUGGAGUGAAGGGGACGACGGGGACUCAGGCCAGUUUCCUCCAGCUCUUCGAGGGCGACCACAGGAAGGUUGAAGAGCUUGAUCGUUUGGUGACUGAGAUGGCAGGAUUCAAACAAACCUACCUGGUGACGGGGCAGACAUACAGUCGGAAAGUAGACAUCGACUCACUGGCUGUGCUCUCGAGCCUUGGAGCAACAGUCCACAAGAUCUGCACCGAUAUCCGCCUCCUGGCAAACCUGAAGGAGAUGGAGGAACCCUUUGAGAAAGAUCAGAUUGGAUCCAGCGCCAUGCCCUAUAAGAGGAACCCAAUGCGCAGCGAGCGUUGCUGUAGUCUGGCUCGCCACCUCAUGAUGCUGGUCCUGGACCCACUGCAGACAGCGGCUGUGCAAUGGUUCGAGCGAACACUAGACGACAGCGCCAACAGGCGUAUUUGUUUAGCAGAGUCGUUCCUGACUGCAGAUAUUAUCCUGAGCACUCUGCAGAAUAUCACUGAGGGGCUGGUCAUUUACCCAAAGGUGAUUGAACGGCACAUUCGCCACGAGCUUCCAUUCAUGGCAACAGAAAACAUCAUAAUGGCAAUGGUGAAGGCUGGGGAAAAUCGACAGGAUUGCCACGAGCGAAUCCGGGUCCUGUCCCAGCAGGCAGCUGCGGUGGUCAAACAGGAAGGAGGUGACAACGAUCUGAUCAGCAGAAUUCGGGAUGACGCUUACUUCAGCCCAAUCCACGGGCAGCUUGAAGCUCUGCUCAACCCCACGUCCUUCAUCGGCUGUGCCCCACAGCAGGUCACCAGAUUCCUGGAGCAGGAGGUUCGGCCGCUCCUGGUCUGUUACGCCGAUCAAAUGGAAGUGAAGGUUGAGUUGGAGCUGUGAGAAACUCUGAACCACAGUCGAAAGUCCAUCAGAAUACCUCAGGGUUCCAGCAUGCCCCAGAUUCCUGCAUGGAACACUGUGUGUGUGUCUGUGUGUGUGUGUGAGAUUUGUGCCUUAGAUCAGAGGAGCAGAGACCCAUCUGUUUGAUUGCAAACAUUAGUUGCCCACAGAGGAAAGUGUUAAUCAGGUUCACUGAAUCCUGCAACAUGUCUGUAAUUAAAGAAACCAGCUCUAUAAUUUAAUUUUACAAGAAUAAUUAGUCAUUUUAGUCAUGAAGCCUGUAUGAGUUUCACAUGCACUGUGAAGGAGUUGGCCAGGUUCAUGUUGAAAUGUGAUUUACAGCACCUCACAACAUAACACCCCUCCACUCAGAAUCAUGGAAUUGUCCAACAUGAAUAACAUUCUCCCCCAAUCAAAAUGAUGGAACAGGUCAUGUGAUGAGGACUGUUCCAGAGUUGUCCUGUUACAAUUCAGACUCCAGACAGCAUACCAUCAGAUUCUUUUAUUAAAUUUGUUCUGUGUGUCAAUCCAAUGGCAGUGAUGACAUGGUUAAAGAUUUCCUUUUACUCAAAUGGGUUCUGUGCCACUCGUCCUGAAAGAUUGCUUGUGUUUGAAUAAAGACUGUUUGCAACUUAA